CUCACGCCCAACAAUUAUUAAAACCCUCCCUCCCUUUCCCCCCUUCAUUUGCGAGAGGAAGAGCGAGAGAAAACCAUCUCUUUCUCUCUCUCUCUAAACAUCUUCUCUCUCUCUCUAAACAUCUUCUCUCUCUAAAUAUAGCUCCAAUCCGAAGAUCAUUUUUAGGAGGUUCAGAGAGAGAGAGAGAGGGGAAGGGGCAUAAUGGCGGUGGAGUGCGGUUUGAGAGAGGCGCUGGUGAAACCAGCAAAGGGAGGCGUUGUGGUGGACGAGAUCAAGAAAAUAUGUGUAAUUGCAGGGCCGAUGAUCGUUGUUAACAUGACGCAGUAUCUUUUACAGGUGGUUUCGGUAAUGGUGGUCGGCCACCUAGGCGAGCUGUCCCUCUCUGGUGCUGCCAUAGCUACAUCUCUCGCUGGAGUCUCUGGCUUCAGCCUCCUUAUUGGGAUGGCCAGCGCUCUAGAAACAUUGUGCGGUCAGGCCUAUGGAGCAGAGCAAUACCAGGAGGUGGGAAUAUAUACUCAGAGAGCUGCCAUCACUCUCUCUCUAGUCUGCAUUCCAAUGUCAUUCAUUUGGGCAUCAAUGUCCAAAAUUCUCUCUCUAAUUGGCCAAGACCCCGCUAUCUCAGCGGAAGCAGGGCGCUACAUUGUAUGGUUGAUACCGGGUCUCUUUGCUUUCGCUCUUCUCCAACCCCUUGUCAAGUUUUUGCAGGCACAGAGCAUCACAAUGCCCAUGCUCCUCAGCUCUACUGCAACUCUAUGUUUACAUGUACCCCUGUGUUGGGCUUUGGUUUUUCCAUGCCAGUUAGGUAGCAUAGGAGCUGCUAUGUCCAUGAGCAUUACUACGUGGGCAAAUGUUCUCAUGUUGGGAUGUUACAUUAAGUUUUCACCAAAAUGUAAGAGGACCUUAGCACCUCUGUCGAAGGAGGCUUUUCGGGGGUUAGGAGAGUUCUUCAGACUCGCCUUUCCAUCUGCUACAAUGAUCUGUUUGGAGUACUGGUCAUUUGAGCUGCUGGUUCUGCUUUCUGGGCUCCUGCCUAACCCCAAGCUUGAAACAUCCGUCCUAUCCAUAUGCCUGAGUACCCUUUCCUUGCUUUACUCAAUUCCCUACGGCCUUGGUGCUGCUGCUAGCACUCGCAUUUCGAAUGAAUUGGGGGCAGGGUGCCCACAAGAGGCUGCGCUAGUGGUGCGUGUGGUAAUGGCAAUCACUCUGACAGAGGCACUGAGCAUGAGUGUCAUUGUGUUUGUGGCACGCUAUUUGCUGGGGUAUGCUUUCAGCAACGAGGAGGAGGUGGUGAAGUAUGUGGCCCGGAUGGCGCCUCUUUUUUCAGCUUCCACCUUCAUGGAUGGCAUCCAAGGGGUUCUUUCAGGGGUGGCCAGAGGGUGUGGAUGGCAGCAUAUAGGAGCAUAUAUAAACCUUGGGGCCUUCUAUUUAGUGGGCAUCCCCGCGGCCUUGGUCUUAGGUUUUAUUGUGCAAAUGAGGGGCAUGGGCCUGUGGAUUGGGAUCUUGUGUGGUGCCACUGUUCAAACUGUCCUCCUCGCUCUCAUCACACUUUUCACAAACUGGCAGCAUCAGGCAAAUAAGGCGAGGGAGAGGGUGUUUCAAAAUCCGGCUGCUGAUGCUCUUCUUCAUUGAAGGGAAGAGAGAGCAUUGUUCUCACAUUUCAUGAUCACUCACCAUGUACUGCUGACGAAUAAUUAGGGAUUGGAUGGAGCCUUUCGAGGCAAAAUUUUGUAGGAUUAUAAUGUAGAGUAAUCAAAUUCAACAUUUACUGUUAAUGCCCAAACAGUUUUUCAACUGCUGCCCAUUGAAGCCUGAACCAUCGAAAUCGGUAAGAGUAUUUGAAUAUUGUAAAAGUAUAGCAUUUAGUGUGUUAUAUAUGAUUACCAUUUCAUGUGAGUGUGCGUUUUUAGCAUUUCUUUUGGUGGAUUUUUUAUUGGUUGCAGCUAUGAGUUGAGUGACAAUUAUUGUUAUUUUUGCUUUGUUUAACUUAAAAUCUCACUUGUAAUCCAGAAGUUUAACUUUUGAAAUGGAUUUCAGGUCUUUGCGUCUC